GGCAGAACCUUGCUAGUUCCUCCGCAGGUGACGGAAAAGUGACCACUACCACUGUUCUACAAGAAAUGUUGAAGAGGAUAGAGGCCAUGAAGACCGGGAUGAACACUAUGAAUGUUCGUUUAGACCUUCCAAAAGCUAAGAUACCUCCAGAGAACAUACCCUGCUUUGAUGGAACCAAGGUUAGGGAGUUCUUGGAAGACUAUGAUGUCUUCGGUAUGAGCCACGGUUGGUCUGACAAACAGAAGUUGAAAGCUCAGCUAGCCUAUGUUGAACCUAAGAUGACGGUGUCGGUGACAAAAACGACACAAAGACUGACAAUAUGGGUCGAGGUUAGACAAAAGAUGCUGGAAGAAUAUGCGAAGUAUGACGUUCUAACAACUAUGCAAAAUUUGUUGGAAGUGCGACGCUCUAAAUAUGCAACCCUUGAUCAAUUCCUAGAGGAUUUUGAGCGGGUUGCGCGGAGAGCACCCUUCCUAGAUGAGGCCCAGAAGUGUCAUGUUCUGCUAACUAAUUUUGCAGAGGAUGAAAGAAAGAGUGUGGUAAGUCGCAUUGCUCAUUAUCCUCUGAAGUGGGAUGAAGUGGUUGAGAUGGUCCGUGAACUACCUUCGGUGUCAAACCGGAAGUGGUCUCUGGAACAGAUGAAAGCAAUCACUAGUGCAAGAGAAGGAAAUGUUGAGGCAGCUAAGGGAGGAAAUUUGAAGGCCGAAGAGAUCCUUGGUCUUCUCGUUAAGCUUGGUAGCUUCGAAAAGUUAACCCUUCCUGCUCCAGCGACUCAAGCACUUGUUGGAACCGAAGAAGGCCAUACUAUAACUCGAUGCCCUAUACUAGAGAAGGAACUCGAAGAAGGGAUUAUCAAGAAGAAUGCCAAUGGGCACGUCUGUGAUGCCAAUUGGAACAAGAUAGAUUUCCGAGUCAAAGGAGGGAUGCGAGCAGUUAUCCUAGAACAGGCUAGGGCCAAUAAGGAUAAAAAGAAGAAGGUUAGAGUUAAUGUUAUCACCUUUGAUGGUAUGCUACCUCCGGAGAUAGUGGCUCGAGACGACAAUCCUGGAAGGCAAAACUUGAAUGUAUCCCAUAUCAGCCAAAAAGAGGUCGAAGAGAAAAAGCGAGAGAAUGCUCAAAGAGAGCUAGACCAGCUGAUAGAUGGGACCAAGGACCUAGUGAAGGAAGGGAAAGGAAAGGAAGCUGCCGGGAAGAAGAGAAGGGUGGUUCUGAGAUCCGAGGCCGAGGAAGGGAUCUCGAUAGAUGAAGUAGUAAAGAAAUUGUUCGAGGAGAUCGAGAUCACCCUAUCUUGGAAAGAAGCAGUAACUUUGGUACCUAAGUUUAGGGAAGAACUUAAGAAGAUGGUUGAAAGGCGGAAUGUAGAAAUCAAUAGGCUAAAACUCUUUCCUCAGCAUGUGGAAAAAACCCCGCCUGGUACCAAGAUAAGGUUUGGUAACAUGCCGUGUGGAUACUUGAAUAUCUCUGUGAAUGAUGUGAAGGUUAGAGCCCUAGUGGACUCUGGGGCCGAGAUGGUGCUUAUGUCCUCGGCCACGAUGAGAUCAUGUGGGCUUGGAAUAGAUAGGAAGGUCAAUCAUCAGCUUUCCAACAUAGUCGGGUUUCUGCCUUUGAAAGUUACAGCAAACCACAACGGAAUAGUUGGAGCAACGGAUCUGUACCGCCGCCAACCACUCGAGCUCGGAACAGCGCGAGACAACUCCAAAGUUCGAUGGGGAGGAGAUCUUCGACAACUCGACGAAGCAGACCCGAUUCCAUGGUUCCGCAAGUUUGAGCUCACGUUGCAGCUACACUACGUCAAAGAACACAAGCACCACGCGUACUUAUACUCCCGGUCGGGGGGCGCGUGCCAAGCAUGGUUGGACAAUCUCUUGUCCAAGUACGGAGUGGUAGCUGCCGACUUGGAUACGAAGAUCAGCUGGGAUGAUCUGAAGGCGGCGUGGCAUAAGCGGUUCCAAGUAGAGCCACCGGAGAUCAAGGCAAUGGACAAGCUGAUGGUCUUCGAACAAGGCACGCUGCCGAGUGUUGACUGGAUUGCCGAGUACCAACGCUUGACAUCCGUUCCAGACAACCAAAUAGGCUUCAAAACCAUCAAACACUACCUCAUCUCGAGGUCGUGUCUGGCGUUGGGCAAUGCCUUGACUCACAUCAAGGACACCCUGAUGACACCGACAGAACUUUUUGACAAGGCUGCGCAGAUUAUUGUCACGAACAAGGAGGCCAAGAAUCUCCAGCGUUCGUCUGCGCCAGCAUUAUGCGCUCAUCUUCACACGUACUUAUCCUUCUAUGCACCACCAACUUCGCCCACGGAUGACGAAGUCGCGGUGGGGGACAUCCUUGCAUAUGUUACUAAGGUGGCCCGUGAGUGUCGCAAUCAGCAGUACGACGACAACAACGCACUGCUCCUCUAUGUCCGCAUCCAAGUUGGGCAAGCGUCCUGCAACGCUUUGUUGGAUAGCGACAAGUUGAGCCAAACCUUUAUGCAAAAGGCUGGCCUUGGCACACAAGUUCGAAGGAAGGCAAACCCGACGACGAUCAAGUUGGCGGACGGAAGGACCCAACAAUUUAUCGACCACCACAUCGAGACUGUACCGGUGUAUUUCGCACCUCAUGCAUGCGAACCGGUGACAUUUGACAUUUUGGACACAGACUUCGACAUUAUUUUGGGAACGCCUUGGCUUGCAAGUGCGGAUCACACGGUCAACUUCCACCGACAGACUCUUACCGUUCGCAAUGCCUUCGGUGCUGAAGUAUCGUGUACUAUUCCUCUUCCGCACCCUUCGAUUCGGUGCCAAGUGGUGACGGCCAAGUCAUUCCGGGCUACUUGCGCUUACGAGCAUCCCAACGAAAUCGGCCUAUGCUUCCUACGGACCGUCACGGUAGCCGACUCUUCACCCACGGACUUGUCUUUAGACCUCGGUGUGGUGCAGUUGCUUGACGAGUUCGCCGACAUCUUCGAGUCACCUACCGGUGUGGUGCCGGAUCGGCCAAUCUCUCACAAGAUCAUUCUCAAGGCUGGUGCCGUGCCGCCGAAAGGUUGCAUUUAUCGCAUGAGCGAGGAGGAGCUUACGGUCCUCCGCGCGCAACUCGAUGAUUUGUUGGACAAGGGCUGGAUCUGCCCUAGUAGCUCUCCAUACGGAGCGCCAGUUCUCUUCGUACGGAAGAAGAACAAAGAUCUACGAUUGUGCAUCGACUACCGCAAGCUCAACGCGCAAACCGUCAAGAAUGCGGGGCCUCUUCCUCGUAUCGACGAUCUUCUUGAGCGAUUGGGCGACGCAAAGUAUUUUUCUAAGUUGGAUUUGAAGUCGGGAUAUCAUCAAAUCUCGAUCCGACCGAACGAUCGUUACAAAUCCGCGUUCAAGACGAGGUAUGGACAUUUUGAGUGGGUGGUCGUGCCUUUUCGCCUCACCAACGCCCCGACGACCUUUCAAGCGACAAUGACCAAUGAGUUCCGGGCAAUGUUGGACCGGUUUGUGCUGGUCUACUUAGAUGAUAUUCUCGUCUAUAGCCGGUCAUUGGAGGAUCAUCUUGAGCACCUUCGACGAGUGUUGGAGACGCUCCGCCGCGCCAAGUACAAGGCCAACCGCGACAAGUGCGAAUUUGCCCAGCAAGAGCUGGAAUACUUGGGCCAUUUUGUCACACCGGAGGGCAUCAGUCCGCUAUCGGACAAGAUUCAAGCCAUCCAAAAGUGGCCGGACCCGCGGAACGUCAUGGAUGUCCGUUCGUUCCUUGGCCUUGCCGGCUACUACCAGCGUUUUAUCAAAGGCUACUCGAAGAUCGCGGCGCACUUGACCAAGCUUCAAUGCGAGGAUCGACCGUUUGACUUUGGAGAGGAUGCGUGGGAAUCAUUUUUGGCUCUCAAAGCUGCGCUAUUAUCUGCGGAGGUCUUAUGCAUAUACGACCCGCUUUUGCCUACGAGCGUCACUACGGAUGCGUCUGGCUAUGGCAUUGGUGCUGUCCUUGAGCAACACGAUGGCGUGGACUGGCACCCGGUCGAGUAUUUCAGCAAGAAAGUGCCCGUCGUGCACUCCAUUGACGAUGCACGCAAGAAGGAGCUCCUCGCUUUCGUCCACGCGCUCAAGCCGUGGCGACACUUCCUCCUUGGUCGAAGUCAAUUCCGAUGGGUAACGAACAACAAUCCGUUGGUCUUUUACAAGACCCAAGACACCGUCAACAACACCAUCGCUCGAUGGAUGGCUUUCAUCGACCAGUUCGACUUCUUUUCCGGUCACAUUCCGGGGAAGUCGAACCGUUUUGCGGAUGCUCUUUCACGACGUCCGGAUCAUUGUACCGCGGUCUAUUCAACCUUCGAGAUCGACAAGGAUCUGCGGGACAGCUUCAUCCGCGGCUACCAAGCCGACCCCGAGUUCUGCGACAAGUAGCGAAUUGCUCCUCUCCUAAUCCGGCGCCUUCUCACUAUC